AUGGGCAACCGUCACAGCCAGUCUUACUGCCUCUCAGAAGGCAGUCAGCAGUCACCCAGAAGGGACACCCAGCUCCCAGAAGUGCAGCCUCCCAGCCACCCAUCAGAGAGUGGAGAGCCAAAGCCCCAACAGCCCGCCAAAGCAAAAAGUCAUCAGCGUUUUGAUGUGGACCGAGAUGUCAAAAAGCUACACAAAGCCUGCAAAGGAAUGGGAACCGAUGAAGCAGCCAUCAUUGAAGUCUUAUCAAGCAGGACAUCAGAUGAGCGGCUACAAAUAAAGAACAAGUACAAGGCAACGUAUGGCAAGGACCUGGAGGAGGUACUCAAGAAUGAGCUGAGCGGAAACUUUGAGAAGACAGCCUUGGCCCUUCUGGACCACCCCAACGAGUAUGCUGCCCAGCAGCUGCAGAAGGCCAUGAAGGGUCUGGGCACAGAUGAGACAGUGCUCAUCGAGGUCCUGUGCACGAGAUCCAAUAAGGAAAUCAUCGCCAUUAAAGAGGCUUACCAAAAGCUAUUUGACAGGAGCCUUGAGUCAGAUAUCAAAGGUGAUACAAGUGGGAACCUAAGAAAAAUUCUGCUGGCCCUGUUACAGGCUAGCCGUGAUGAAGGUGAUAACAUCGACAAAGACCUAGCUGGCCAGGAUGCCAAAGACCUGUAUGAUGCAGGGGAAGGCCGCUGGGGCACUGAAGAGCUUGCCUUCAAUGAAGUCCUAGCCAGGAGGAGCCUCAACCAGUUACAAGCCACCUUCCAAGCCUAUCAAAUUCUCAUUGGCAAAGACAUCGAAGAGGCUAUUGAAGAAGAAACUUCAGGGAAUCUGAAGAAAGCCUAUUUAACUAUUGUGAGGUGUGCCCGGGACCGUGAGGGCUACUUCGCUGAGUGUCUGUACAAGUCCAUGGAAGGUACGGGCACUGAUGAGGAGACGCUAAUCCGGAUCAUCUUGACGAGGGCUGAGGUUGACCUUCAGGGGAUAAAAGCAAAGUUCCAAGAGAAGUACCAGAAGUCUCUGUCUGACAUGGUUCGCUCUGACACCUCCGGGGACUUCCAGAAACUUCUGGUGGCCCUCUUGCACUGAGCCAAGCCAGAGAAAUGGGAGAACAGCGAGGAACCUCCUUUUGUCAAAAGCACUUCCCAUACCAGACUUGCAAGCGGAACUCCAAGACCAAAACCCCUCAAGAUUCCUGGUUUAUAUUCUUGCCAGUUUAAUCAGUGCAGUCAGACCAAGCUGUUUAGGUUAAGAACAGCAUCCUCAAGAAGCUUAGGAAGUAUCUAGUAUC